CGCGAGUGGGUCCACGUUCUGUAGUCGUGAGUGGAGGCCCGGAACGCGCGCGACUUCCGGCUUCGCGCGACGGAAGUGACGAGAACGCGGCGCGCCGUGGCGCUAAGUGCAGCGCUGGGGUCGCGAUGAGCUGUGUGCUGUGUGCACCGGCGGCUGGGGCCCUCCGGGCGCUGAGGCUCGCACGCUGGGCUUCCCGAAGCCUGCAUCCGCCCCCCGGUGGCCGGGCUCCAGCCCAGCGCGCGGCCGAGGACGAGGAAGAAGAUGACCCUAACCGCCCCGUUCAGUUUUCCUCCAGCAAAGCCAACCCGUUCCGCUGGACAGUGAAGCACUCCCUGGGAAGGGAGCAGCAGCGGCCCUGGUGGAAGGUGCUGCCCUUCAGUCUGUCCAUCAUGGUUCUGGUGAUCUGGUGCUUCUUUAGGCAGGAGACCAGCGUGGACCGGUGGUUCAGAGGGAUAUUGGUAGAAGAGGUACCGGAGCCCAGUGAUAGUUCUGAGGAGAGUGGAAUUCCGAUGGCCCACGGGGCGAGAACUUAAUGGUGUGCCAGCGGCGAGGGAACAAACCUCUGCCCUUAGGCUUUGAUGUCGCAUUUCACCGUUUCUGUCCUGGUUAUGCGCGUCCCCAGCCUGAAAGACUUGAACGGCGCUCCUGGCCAAGCUGACCGGUUGAAGGCAAAGCAGAACGUCAGCAUAUCGGAACCGGCUCUUUGCCUAAUACUUGUUGCCCAUCGAAUACGUCCAAGACUUUUCAGGUCUAUAGAAAAGGUUUUGGUUGCAGCGUGUACUUUUGGAAUUGUGAUGUCUUUGUACGGUAUCAUGUUUCCAAAGCAAUGCUGGUGACACUUGUAAUCCAGUGUGAUCCACUUUGCAGCUCAUUUGCUUUCUGAGACAGAAUAACUGGCAGAAGAGUUAAACUUUUUAUUUUACAACGUACUGUGAUGUGUAUAAAUUGAUGUUAGUUUAACAAACUAACAAUAAAUUUUAAUUUGGUAAUGCGAA